CCACCACCAGCACCACCGCCUCGCCCUCGCCCAACCACACCACAUCAUACCGACGCCACCAGCCAAGGCAAGUGGAGGAAGAAAGGCGAGAGCGCGCUUGUUGUUGUUGACUGUUCGUUGCUGCCGGCAGCUAGCUGGAGGAAGGAGGCGGAGGCGGGAUGGGGCGCGGCAAGAUCGAGAUCAAGAGGAUCGAGAACUCCACCAACCGCCAGGUGACCUUCUCCAAGCGACGGAGCGGGAUCCUCAAGAAGGCGCGCGAGAUCAGCGUCCUGUGCGACGCCGAGGUCGGCGUCGUCAUCUUCUCCAGCGCCGGGAAGCUCUACGACUACUGCUCCCCAAAAACUUCGCUAUCAAGAAUCUUGGAGAAAUACCAGACCAACUCCGGAAAGAUACUGUGGGAUGAGAAGCACAAGAGCCUUAGCGCGGAAAUUGAUCGAAUCAAGAAAGAGAACGAUAAUAUGCAGAUUGAGCUCAGACACUUGAAAGGCGAAGAUCUGAACUCGCUGCAACCCAAAGAGCUUAUCAUGAUUGAGGAGGCACUUGACAAUGGGAUUGUGAACGUGAAUGACAAACUGAUGGACCAUUGGGAAAGGCACGUGAGAAAUGACAAGAUGCUGGAAGACGAGAACAAGUUGCUGGCCUUUAAACUGCAUCAGCAAGAUAUAGCGCUGAGCGGGAGCAUGAGAGAUCUUGAGCUUGGGUACCAUCCAGACAGGGACUUUGCGGCCCAGAUGCCAAUCACCUUCCGCGUGCAGCCCAGCCACCCCAACCUGCAGGAAAACAACUAAUAAGCUGCUAAAUCGCCCCCCGCCACUUCAUCUGGUUAUCUCACACACCACUGGCUUGUAUCCUAAUGCAUUGCCAACUGUAUCUCUGUUUCACGUCUGUUUCGAUGAACUAUUGAACAUACAUGUCAUAUGUAAGUUGCUUGGUGUGCCAGUGCCAAUAUAUAGUUUAUCUCUAGUAGAAGCUCCUUGCUUGCCGGUCUGCCCUCAUGGUAGAUGGCACCAGCCAUGGGGGCUACCUCAGAUAUCAGUAAGUGUGAUUUGUGUUAUCACUGCAUUUGUCAAACGGUGAAUAGUUUGUCAUCGUAGCAAACAAUGUAUCAAAGCUUGGUUUCUUGGAGAAUUUUUACUGUCCAACAGGGGGAGGCGGUACCAUAUCCUAACCGUUGAUCUAGCGAGAUCUAACGGCUGACAUCCCUCGUUUCGCUUGAGUUUCAACACAAGAUAGUACACUGUCAGCUACGGAGUUUCAUUAAAAAAAAAAAAUGUGAUAGGAGUAUGUGGAUCUUGGCAUCAGUUAGUUAGUACUUGCAAACUAAAGUAUACAUCAUAUGCAAAAUGUAAUUAGCAUUCAGCACAAAGUCAGUCAUU